AUGGCUUCCCCGUACAGCGACCCUCAGAUAAGAGGUCACAACAUCCCUAAUGCUCUCAUUCCCGGUCCUCCUGCUUCCGUCUCUGCUCCUCCGCCUCCCACCCUUGAUAUCAGCUCCCAAAGGCGAUCCGACGACCGACCUAACCUUUCCCCGACCGACGGUAAACCCAGAGGCUCCUCUAAGAGCGAAGCCACCCGUAGGAUAUGCAAGAAAUGCGAACUGCCCUUAACCGGCCAGUUUGUGAGGGCGCUCGGCGGCACCUUCCAUCUGGACUGUUUCCGAUGUCGAGACUGUGGAACAAUCGUAGCCCAGAAGUUUUUCCCCGUAGACUCCGAGGACGGCACCACACAAUACCCUCUCUGCGAGACAGACUACUUUAGACGUCUAGACCUGCUAUGCCAUGCCUGCGGUGGCGCCCUGCGCGGGAGCUAUAUCACAGCCCUCGAACGAAAAUAUCACAUAGAGCAUUUCACCUGCUGCGUCUGUCCAACCGUCUUUGGGCCUCAGGAUUCCUAUUACGAACACGAUGGCGAAGUCUACUGUCACUACCAUUACUCCACGAAAUUCGCCGCCAGAUGCCAGGGUUGUCAAACGGCAAUACUUAAGCAGUUUGUUGAAAUAUUUAGGAACGGUGUAAACCAACAUUGGCAUCCGGAGUGUUACAUGAUACAUAAGUUUUGGAAUGUUAAACUGGCAGAAUCGGAUUCAUCUGAAAUACCAACAAUACAAGAAGAAGGUGAAAAGGAUCCCUCGAGUGCCCGGCGCUCAAUCGUCAGAGACGCCGAAGAAAAGAUGGAGGAGAAAGUUUAUCGCAUAUGGAGCGUACUAUCGACCUACGAGGAGUCUUCUGCUGCCAACAUCAGCGACAUGUUGCUACACGUUUCCAACGGAGCUUAUGUCGACGGGGUAUUUGUCGCUGAAAAAUUCAUAUGGCACGUCGAGCUUCUGUUCACCAGCGCCGACAACCUCGAUAUAGAGCUGUACCGAAUUGGUGGUGAAGGGCUUGCUUACUCGAGAGAGGCUAAGCUACUGUGUAAGAAGAUCGUAGCAUUUUUUACGUUACUUUCUAAAACGCAGGAGACAGGAGUCCGUAAGCUUGGUGUGACGCAAGAGUUACUCUCUCUAGUAACAGGUCUUGCGCACUAUCUAAAACUGCUGAUCAGGAUCAGCUUACAAGGCGCCCUGAAGCUAGAGCGCGAUUAUAGUAAUGUAGAUGCGUUUAACCGCUUCCUCGCUGAGCUAUCCGAUCUCGAAGCUGCAAAGGAUGUAAAGCCGACAUUUGAAGUCAACACUGCGCUAGCGGACCUUAACUCGGAUCUAUGCUAUGGUUGUCAUAAUACGAUUGAGGAUGAAUGUAUGAAGUUCGGGAUGCUUAAGUGGCAUAUAAACUGCUUCAACUGCUCAAACUGCAAUAAUUCCCUUAAGAACGAUAUCGAUUCCGCAAGACUUUCACCGGCCUCGACUAUAUUAUGCGCUUCUUGUGUGGUUCAUUUCCCAGAUGCGCAGAAAGGGUUUCAGCACGUUAGUAGGUUGAAACAGUAUGUAUAUCUUUUAAGAGUGGCUUUGGCUCGUCUUUUGAACAUGUUGAAGGAGGGUGGCACGCUGCCUCACACAUCCGAUGAUCCUAAUUUGACCGGAUAUGAUGAUGCUGGCCACUCGCUCGCUCCAGGUGCUCUGACUGCCGAAAGCCGAUCAAAGUCGUAUCAUGGGGAAGGGGAAGGCUACAAUAGCACAGUAUCAGAUGUUCGACGGCUACGAUCCACGCGUCUCGACCAGAAACUCACGUCUAGUGGUAGAAAAGCUCGACAGUCGAGGAUCAUCGAGAACGAGAAUUUUGGCGCCGAAGGAUCUCAUGAAAGAGAACGUUUCAGGAUCGUAGAGGAUCGAGAUGUUAACGGCGAAGCUAUCAACGAGCUCACCUUUGGUGAUGAGAAGACCCUCACCCUUGAUGAUAUACCGCGAAUAGCAGCUCAAGAACAGGCUAGAGAACAACGUCCUAAUGCGUUUAAACACCGUACCUCGGGCUUCUUCUCGACGGGCGGGAUGCACCAACCGAAACUGAUGAAUGGUUACCAGAGGGAUUCUACCGGAAGUGGGCAGCCACAACAGCCGGUCCGAAUGCGAAGAUACUUUUCGGAGCUGUCAGCCAUCGAUUAUUUUAUCAUCCGCCAUCUUGCUUGCAUGUGUAUGCUGCCACUUGUAUCUGAUCAUUUUAACCUCGAAGAGUUGCUAGAUUUGAUCGAAAGAAGCGGGAAGCAAACUCUGUGGAACAAGUUUACUAAAGGGUUUAAACAAGACGGGACCAAGAACAAGAAACAGAAGAAAAAUGCAGUUUUCGGUGUUCCGCUCGAACAGCUCAUCGAAAAAGACCAUGCUGAGUCGUCGUUGGGGAUUGGUCCUGGGACACUGAGGGUGCCGGCUCUCUUAGAUGACUCUAUUAGUGCGAUGAAACAAUUAGACAUGUCCGUUGAGGGUGUCUUCCGAAAGAACGGUAACAUUCGCCGACUCAAAGAUCUGACUGCCCAGAUUGAUUCCGGUGCCGAAAAUGUGGAUCUCGUUAAAGAAGGGCCUGUUCAAGUCGCUGCCUUGCUCAAAAAGUUCCUACGAGAGCUGCCGGACCCACUUCUCACAUUCAAGCUUUACAAGCUCUUUAUUGUUUCUCAGAAGCUUGAGGACGACGAGAAAAAGCGUCGUGUUCUUCACUUAACAUGCUGUCUACUUCCUAAAUAUCACCGAGACUCUAUAGAAAUCCUGUUCUCUUUCCUCAAUUGGGUAGCCUCAUUCUCGCAUGUCGACGAAGAAUCUGGAAGUAAGAUGGACGUUCACAACUUAGCCACUGUUAUUACCCCAAAUAUCCUGUACAUGAAAAACCAGGUUCCCGGAAUGGACGACAGUUUCCUCGCAAUAGAAGCAAUCCACACAUUGAUCGAAUACAACGAGCAGAUGUGCGAGGUCCCUGAGGAUUUGUUGGUGAUACUUUCCGACCCAACCAUGAUGGCUACUUCCGAUAUGAGUACCAAGGAAAUUUUGAAGAAAUACGGGGACGUUGCUAAGUUUUCUUCUGUUCCUGGAAAACACCCAGGAGGGAGAGGCGGGAAUGCGCAAAACACAGACAAGCCUACUCUUCAUCAUGUGAAUAAUGAUCGAACCGGCGAAGGGUGGUAUAAGGAUCAAACCGUUCGUCAAGUCUCGACGCCGCCAGCCCCAGAACCACACCGAUUACCAGAGCCGAUGUACGCCAAUGAGAAUGGAAAUCAUUCACAUCAUAGUCACAGUUUCAGUUUCGACCAAGAUCCAUCAGCCAACGGACGUCGUAUGGACUAUCCUUCCAACCACCAGAAUCCAAAUUUGAGUGCGCACGCAGGAUGA